AUGAAACUCUCACUCCACGAGCGGCCGAGCAGUGAAAUCUCGGCUUGGGUUUUGUCGGAACAGACAAGCAGUAAUGCCAUCGCUCCAAUUGCCACAUUGGUUUCUGUGUACAAGGACCAGAAUGCUAAACAGGAAACUGAGGUUCCCAUUUACGUGCUGCUGUUUGGUGUUUUGGCGAUUUGUUUCGGUUUGUGGACGCUGGGUUACCGUAUUAUUGGUACUGUAGGAAGUCGAGUAUCUCACAUCAACCCAGCA